AAGUCUCGAAGAAGACAUUUCUCCAAUCAUAGCUUUGUUCAAACAGACGUGCAGUAUGUGAGAUUUUAAACCAGUGUUGGGUGACAUGGAAAAAGCACGAGCACAGAGUUCUGGCGAUCUGAACCAAGCCAGUCUCAGUACCACCGAACUUCACCACCACGAUGAUUUCAACUCUAUCACCAUCCCAGAAACACCCAGCCCACAGCGUGGAAAGCGGAAAAAACAUUUUGUCACAUCGAAACAUAUCAGUCCUGUACCAGCUGGGGGUACAGCAAGACAACCAGACCUUCUCACUCGCACUGCUUGCUCGCAUGGACCUAAGCGCAUGAGGAAAGCAAGAGGGGUGGUAGAACAGAGUGAAGACAUUUUUACAGAUUGCAGUGACUGUUUUCCAGUUAGGACCCAUUGUCCCACGGGCCUCCAUACUGAUACCCAUCUGUUAAAUUCAUCUGACUCAUCGUCAUCACUCUACUCUUCGUCCCUCUUAUGUUGUACCUCCUUGAAAACCCAACCAAGAAAAAAAGGACAACAAAGACCAAAAACAGACAAAGUGUUGCUGUCAUCCUCAGGGUCUCCACCCACAUCUGAUACUGAGCCCCACUUGAUGGCAGAGGUGAAUAACUGGUUGAACAAUGCGGGUGAAAACGCAUUAGCUGGUAUGGAGACGACAUCCUCCUCAUCCUCCUCCUCAUCAUCAUCAUCAUCACCCCCCUUAUCCUCCUCUUCAGUUAUACCUAUACAAAGACCAAAAACAGACAAAGUGCUGCUGUCACCCUCAGGAUCUCCACCUACAUCUGAUACUGAGCCCCACCUGAUGACAGAGAUGACUAACUGGUUGAGCAGUGAGGAUGAAAACAUAUUAGCUGAUACGGACACGGCAUCAUCGUCAUCAUCAUCAUUGUUCUCUUCAUUUACAGCAGUUCAAAGACCAAAAGGUCAACAAAGACCAAAACCAGACAAAGUGCUUCUCUCAUCCUCAGGACCUCCACCCACAUCUGACAGUGAGCCGUACCUGGUAACAGAGGAGAAUAAAGGGCUGAAUAAUGAGGAAGAAAACGCAUUAGCGGGCGUGGAAACCUCAUCCUCUUCCUCAAGUAUCUUGGCCUCCUCUUCACUGAAAGCCACACUAAGACCAAAAGGUAGGACAACAAGACCAAAAACCAAAAAAGUGCUGCAGUUGUCCUCGGCAUCAUCUACACCUGCUUCUACCACUGUGUCCUACCUGACUGCAAAGGGCAGUAAAUGGUUGAAUGAUAAUGAAGGAAAUGCAUUAGCUGGGAUGGCAACAUCCUCCUCAUUCAUUUCAUCUUCCUCACUAAAAGCCCGACCAAGGCAAAAAGACCACUCAAAAACAAAGAAAGGACGGCUGUUAUCUUUUCCAACAUCUACACUUGCUUCUGAGUCUGAGCUCUGCCUGACUGCAGACGAGGAGGAAUGGCUAAAAAAUGAACAAGUGAACACAGCAGCUGAAGCGGUUGAGGCUGUCAUCAUUAUCAGUGAUUCUGAGGAGGAUUUUGUUCGCACAGUACAGAUGGAGGAAGAUGAGGCAUUUGCCCGAAGUCUACAGGACCAGUUUGAUGAAGAGUUGGCAUCAUCUCAACAGUGUCAACAGAGGCACCGGCAUGACGACAGGUUUAAUCCUUUUUUAGAAGACCAUGACCAGGUCGAACGGUGGCCUAGGCGUUCACGUCGGGCUGAUCCUGAUGAUGACAUCUAUGGUGAACACCAGUGGGACAUUUUAGACGACUCCAGUGGAAAUAGCUAUGAGUUGCUUCUACGGUUGGAGCAGUUUUACGGCACUGUUAUGACAAACACCAUGAGUGAGUGGGAAAUCCAAAUGUUGCCCACCAAAACCUUCCAUCGUUCUAGCAACAAUGGAAACACUGAGUGCCAGAUCUGUUUGUCUCACUAUACUGAUGGGGAGGAGCUGAGGACUUUGCCAUGUUCCCACGCUUACCACACACAGUGUAUUGACCGGUGGUUAAAGGAUAAUGGCAGCUGCCCAAUCUGCCGAAUUGACGUGCGCCAGGAAGGAGAUUUCAUUGGUUUCUCCUGAUGACAGGAAUUUUUUUCUUUUUUUAAAUCUGUUUCUGCCACUUUUGUUAGUUUAACACUUGGCUUUUAAUUGACUUUUAUGAAAAAUGUAAUAGAUUGAAAGCUUGCUUUGUGUAAUGGUGUUUUUAUGAGGGCCUGGUAUUUUAAUAAAGAUUUUUCUGAAAUUU